CAUGGAGGAGGAUGAAGAAGAAGAGCUAACACGUAGGUCUACAGGAUUGGUUACUGACCUGAAGAAAUUGCAACCAGCAUCUGCCCAGGUUCAGCAUGAUUCCUUCCAAAAUAGAAAAGGUGAAAUAUUCAAUGGUUAUAAUGAUGACCAAAUGUUUCUACAGGGAGAUUUUAGUUUCAGAGGUCUUCUUGAAGGAAAAUUUGACACAUUCUACACCCCCGACAAUGCCAAGAGAAAGGGUUUGCAGGAAUAUAACUUACCUGGAGAAGGCCACUACAGUGGUGAACAUUCAGAUAAAAUCUCAGGGACUGGUGUUGGAACUUCCCAGUACUUCGCUACAAAAGAUGAUGAAUACACAUACACAGAUACAAUGUGUACCGACGAUCCAUGGACGAGAAAUCUAUUUGAAGACAUGGAUCUAGAUGAGGUUGUUCAUCCAAACAGCUCUUCCACCCAAACAACUAUUGAUCAACGGAAAACAAGCACCACUAGUUCAAAUAAAGACUCAGAAAACAAGCCAGCGACCGAGACUGAACAAAGGGACAUACACACUGACGAACAACAGAAAAAAUUGGAUGAAGAUGACAUAGAAACUUUUCUGGAGAAUGAGAAAGAAGGUGCAGAUGAGGAAAAUGAUGAGUCAGUGUUAGAAAGCUUGAAACCUGAAGUAGGAAUGACAUUCAAGACAAGAGAAGAAGGACAGAACUUCUUCAAUACAUACUCAUUCGCAGCUGGUUUCUCGGUUGCUAUAGUUUCUUGUUACCAAACUACAAGCAAGAAGCGGAACAAUGAAAUUAUUAGAGCAACAAUGAAAUGCAACAAGUAUGGGCAGAAUACUGAAAUAGAAAGGGAGCAAAUGGUUGCACAAAGACAAAGCACAGUAAUAGCAAAAACAGAUUGCAAAACGGAGAUGGUUAUUGCCGAGAAAGAUGGAAUGUGGAGAUUAAGAACUUUGCGCCUUGAACACAAUCAUGCCCUUGACCCCCAUAGCCGCUUCUUUAGAUCUCAUGCCUAUAUGACCAAAGAGGAGAAAGCAAUGAUAAGAUCAUUGAAACAAAGCAACAUACCAACAAGGCAGAUUGUUUCAGUUCUGGCUCAUCUCAGGGGAGGCUCAGACCAGCUGCCAUACAACAAGAAAAAGGUCUCUAAUUACAGCACUAGCAUAAACAGAGAGCUGAGCAACAGUGACAUGAUGGAGGUGUUGUCGUUCUUCGACAAAAAACAAGAAGAGGACCCAAGAUUCUACUCUUCGUUCGAUCUGGACAGUGACAACAAAGUGAAGAGCGUCUUUUGGGCAGAUGCUAAAGCCAGGUCAUUCUAUGAGAAAUGUGGAGAUUGUAUUAGCUUUGAUACAACCUUCUUGACAAACAAAUACAAUCUCCCAUUUGCUCCAAUAGUAGGUGUCUCUCCGCAUGGGAACACCUAUCUAUUUGCUUGUGCUCUCAUUGGAAAUGAAAGAGCGAGCGACUUUUGA